AUGCCUAAACGGAGUUUACAAACUACAGUAUUAGAUGGAAAUUUUGAAAAUAUUUCAACUUGUCAUCAUGAUACUAUACGUAAAUCUUCUUCAUCAUCGGAUUCUGAAGAUACUAUUCCUGUUUCAAUACAAAUAUUUUUAUGGCGACAAAGCAAUCCAUUUCUUAAACAAAAAUUUGGUAAUUUAACUGAAGCAUCUGCUAUUAUUUUUGAUCAAGUACUUGUUCAAAAUAUUUUACAUGGUUUAUCACCAUCUCUCACUGAUGCUAUAUCAAGUAUUCCAAGAUGGUUGUUAGUGAAAGCAGCAUUUCCACAUGUAAUACAUGCAUGUUCAUCAGUAAUUCAACAUAAUCUUUGUUCAAUUCAGCAGCAGCAGCAACACCAACAACAAUCAUUUUCUCCGACUCGUUCAUCAUUACUUGUUGCUUCAUCACCAUCACAUUCUUCAAUAUUUUCAAACCAACUUCAAGUUCCACCAAAUCAUCAAUUAUCAAUAUCUCUUCAUCCAACAAUACAUUCAACUGAAUAUCAAUUAAAUCAAUCAUAUUUAUCUAAUCGCUUAUCAUUAAUAACUAAUCAAUUAUUAAAUUCAACAGAAAUUCGUCUUUUUCAUACAUUACAUUAUCUUAUAUUACAUUCAAAUGAAACAACUGAUCAAUUAUUAUCAUUAAAUAUAAUACAAUUAUUUAUUUAUUUAUUUAUUCCAUAUAUUCAUACAUAUAUUCAUAAUAAUGAAAAACAAUUCUUAUCAAAUUCUGAACUUUCUCAAGGUAUGCAUCUUAUUUGGCAACCAUUAUUUGAAUAUCAUCAACCAAAUAUACAUUUAUUUAAUGCUUUUAUUAAACCUAUGAUAUUAAAAAAUAAUCAACAAGAACAAAAAUUUUCUAUUGAUAAUAAUAAUCAACAUCGUCGUUUAUCAACUUUAAUUCAAUCAUCUAUACAAAGAUCAUUAUCUGAAAAACAAUAUUCAUCUAAUUUAACAAAACAAUUAUUGAUAAAUCCACCAAUUAAAUAUCAUAAAACAAGAAAUACAAGUUGUUUUCAAUCGGAAAUAAAAAUUGAAGAAAAACAAAAAUUAAAUAUAUCAUCUAUACUUACUGAUUCUAAUCCAACAACAGCAACAACAACAUAUAAUUCUAUAACGGAUCUUUUUGUUGAUGAAAUAACAAAUAAUAAUAGACAAAAACGAGCACCACUUGCAAAUAUGACUUCGAUUUGUUCAAUGUCGGAUUUAAGUCGAUUAACAUCAACACCACAAAGUCCAGUUGCUAAUAUGUCUAAAACAAUUUCCGGUAUGCCAACAUCGAUUUCAACACCAUCAAUACCUUUACAUUUUCUUUCUUCUCAACAAUUACCAAAUAUUUUACAUAAUUGUUCAACUGAUAUAGGUUCAUCAUCUAAAGCACAUACUUCAGAAUUUCUUUUAUUAGCAACUUAUUUUGAUAUUGGAAUAAUACGAACAUUAUUUAGUCCAUCAUGGUUAACAGAUGGUUAUUUAUGGUGUUUAGAAUAUUUACAUAAACGUAUGAUAAAUAUAUCAGAUGAAAUUUUAUCUAAUGCUUUAACAACUGGUAUAUUACCAAUACAUAUUCUUCGUUUUAAUAGUCUUUCAAUGCCACAAAUAAAUACAUUAAAUAAAUAUAAUUAUUAUAAAUAUUUAGAAAAUAAUUAUUUUAAUGAACAAAUAACACAUAAUAUAAUUGAACAACAAUGUAUGACAACUACAAUAUCAAAUUCAAUUAAACAAUCAACUAAAUUAUUAAAUAUACCAUUUCAAUAUUUUUCUGAAAAAUUUUCAUUUAAUAAAAAAGAUAAUCAAAAAUAUAAUAAUAAUUUUUAUAAAAAAAUAAGUAAAAUUCGUUAUAUUGAUGAAGAUGCUAUUGAACAUUUAGAUUUAGCUAGUACUGAUCGUCUGAAUAGUUUUCAUGUAUCAUCAUCAUCAUCAUCAUCACAAAGUAGUCGUUUUCAUUUAACGGAUCCAAGUUUAUUAUUAUUUAAAACAUCAAUAUCAAAUAAUACAGAUACAAUUCAUCAAUCUAUUAAUUCAGAUAAUAGUAUAAGAAAAAUAUCUCCAACUAUAACAAUAACAAAUUUAAAUACAAUGAAAACUUAUAGUAUUAGUGAUUCAGAAAUAAAUUAUAAAUUUUUAGAAGAAAUUGAAGAAGUAGAUGGUUCAAAUGGAUAUAUUAAUCGAAAUGGUACAAUUAAUUUUGGUAUUAUUUUAGCUGGUAUACAUGCUGUUAUAUGUAAAGAAAAUGAUUUAAAAGUUUGUGAAUUAGUUAUGAAUAUUCUUGAUGUUUUAUUUGGUUUAACUGUUAUAUCAUCAGCAGAAGAUGAAAUUAAUAAAAAACAAUUAUCAUUUAAUGAAAAUAAUCAUAUGACAACAACAGAUGAAAGAACAAAUGGACAUAUUGAAGAAUGGUUAAAACAGAUUCAUGCAAUAGAAGACGAAAAAUUUCAAUUAGCUCUUGAUAUUAUAUUAAGAAUACUCAAACGAUUAGGUUGUUCAAAUUGUCAAACAGGUAGUCGUAAUUUUGUUAUGGAUCAAUUACGUGGUAAAGCACGUUUAUUAUUAAAUAAACUUCGUUUACUACAUCAACAUCGAUUUGAAAAAUAUUUUCUAAACUUUGUUGUUAAUGCUGAUCUUGUUCAAAUACUUGAUAUAUUACAUGCUUUAUGUGGUUAUUGUGUUGAAUCAAAUAUUGGUCUUGCUCAUUAUGCACCUUAUAUUCCAAUAAAACCUGAUAUACCUUCACGUCAAACAUAUUCAAAUAAUUUUGGUAAUACACAUCUUGGUAUAGGAUCAAAAUGUAUUGAUGGUUUUAUAUUAAAUAUUAUAUUUAAACCAUUAGUUAUACGUUUAAAUAAAAUGGAAGAAUAUUUAUUAACUUCAGAAAAUAUUAUUUUAUAUAGUGAAUGUCGAGCUUUUUUAAUAUAUAUUAAAGAAAAUCAUGGUGGAAUAUUUCGUUCAGCAGUAUUUUCAUCAUUAAUUGAUCCAGAAAAAAAACUUAGAAUAUUACGACAAAAAAUAAAAGAUAAAUUUAUUCAACAAAAUGAUAGUAGAAUAAAAAUUUUUCUUCAUCGUGAUUCAUCUGAUGAUAUUAAUGAAAGUAUCGAUCAACAAUUACAUAUACAAUCUACUAAAGAAGAACAAUCACCAAUUCAUAGUAAAUUAAAAAGUACUCAACUAUUAAGUGGAUCAUUAACAGGAGAUGAUGAUCAUAGUUCAUAUGAACAUCAAGAAGAAAAUUUAUAUGUUGAUUUAACACUUGUUCGUAUGGGAUUAUUACGUUUGAAUUGUCUAUUAGAAUCAUGUCCACCGGGUUCAUUACCUGAUCCACAAUUUCUUGAUAGUCUACUUUUUUUGGAUGCACCAAUUAUUUCUAAAGCAGCAUUUCUUAUUGAAUGUGCAUAUUAUGUUCGAUGUUGUUCAUUAGGACAAUGGCCUAUAUGGAUGCGUAAGAAUAUAAUAACAUUUCGUCCACAUGAUACAUCUACUGGACGUAUCAAUGGAAGUAUAAAUUUAAAAUUAAAUAAAAUAUAUCAAGCAGCAGCAGCUAGGAUGUUUUAUAUUUGGGGUGAUGCUCUUUCAUCACAACUUGAAUCUAUAUUAGACCUUGAAGAACAACAACAACAACAAAAUUCAACAACAAAUUUAUGGAAUAAGGAUGAAAUAUUUGAAGAUUAUUAUAAUGAAGCAAUUGUUAAUCCUUCAGGUCGUGAUUGUCCAUAUUCAUUAAAAUUAAUAGUAUGUUUACUUCUUUAUGAAAUUACAUCAUUUUUACGUGAAACAUAUGAAACAUUACCAAAACUUUCAACGUUACGAACAGAAGAAGUUAACUAUCGACAACAACGUACUACUAAUUCACAAAAUAUUAUCGAUACAUCAUCGAUUAUUAUAGAUAAACAUUUAUCAGAUCGUCCACGUAAGGAUAGUGUUGUUUCACAAACAUCAAAUAGAAGUACACUUUCAUUAUCAAGUGAACAACAAUCAUUUAUUUUAUUAAAUAUUGUAGUUUCACCGUCAAUGUUAUCAAAAACAAUAAUAAAUAUGAAUCCAUCAACUCAUGAACGACAUAUUAGUUUUGCUACUAAGAAAGAAUAUGAUUCAAAUGAAAGUUAUCAUACAACUGUUAUUAUAAAUGAUGAUAAUAGUGGUGGAGUUUUAGAUCGAUGUUCAACAUCUGUUUCAUCGGCAACUAAUAAACGAAAAAGUAUAGCUGUUUGUACUAUGAAAUCAAAAUUACAUCGACGAAGUAGUACUAAAUUAACAAAAUUACCAAUGAGAAUGAAAGAUACUGGAAAAACUACACAUCGUUCAUCUUAUCGAGCAAGACGUCGUAGUCAUAUAUCAAAUAUUUCAAAUGAUACUGAUUUUCAUCAAAAUAAUAUUGAAUAUUCAACUAUGGAACCAACAAAUGAAUAUCCAACUUGUGCUGAUGAUGAAUAUGAUCUUGAAAAAUUUGAUAAUAUUAUUAAUACACAACCAUUACCAUGGAUAAAAGUUGUUAUAAGAAUAUUUAAUAAUGUUAAUUUAACAUGUGAUCAUCAAAUAAAAUGUUUAUCGAAUUGUUAUGAAAAACAAACAAAAAGUUGUAAAAAUCUUCUUAAUGCAUUAUUAAAUAUGUAUCAAUUAUCAUCAUUAUCUUCACAUUCAUCAUCAUCAUCAUCAUCAUCAAUACAAACAAAUUUAAAAUCUAAUAAUACAAUACCAAAUAAAACACGACAAUUUUCAACUUGUUUAUUUGGUAAACAAACUACUAAUUUACAUAUGAAAAAAGAGAUAAAUACACAUUUUAAUUCUAUUUCGACUUAUCUUAAAAAACAAGUUGGAUCAUUAAUGCAAAUUCCAUUAAUGAUACUUUGUAAAUCAUCAGUUUUAUUAGAUGAUAAACAUUAUUCACAGAUUCUUCCUUUAUCUUGGGAAUUAUUACUUGAUCGAAAUGAAGAAUUAUCUUCUUGUGCUGCAACAAUUGUUAUUCUUACAGCUGCUCGUGCUAAUCAUUUAGUCGAAAAAUUAAUACAUACAGAAAUGGAAAAUUCUUCUGCAUUAAUUCGAUACAAUGCAAUAUUAAAAUUUCAAAUUUUAUGGCGUUUUCGUCAUCAAUUUUGGAUACGAUUAGAAGAUGGUGCACAUUCAAUGAUGAAGAUUCUUCCACCAAGUAUUGAAUUUGUUUUACCAUCACCUACACUUGGUGUAGCUAAUCUUCAAACAGUUGAUCCACCAUGGAUGCCCUAUGUUAAAACACUUGUUCAACAAGUUGCACUUAAUCAAGAAGAAGUUCGAGCUGUUGUUACAACUAGUAAAACACGAAAAAAACAUCAACAAGAAUUAAUACAUUCAGCAUUAAUGACAGAAGAAAUAAGUAAACGCGUAGCAAGAGAAAAUUUUUCUAUGUCAAUUGUUUCAAUGUUACAAGCAGCAUCAUUUGAACCACUUUUACAUCAAUCGAGAGAUGAUGAAGAAGAAGCACAUAUUGAUGAUGAUCGAAUGGUUGAUACAAGUAUACAACUUUGUCAAGCACAAGGAACAUUUCCAUCGAUAUUUGGUGCAGCCAUUUUUCAUCUUGUUGAAAUGCUUGAAGACGAAGAAAUUAUUGAAAAUGGUGCAACAAUAUCUGAUGCAGCUCGAAAAGUUCUUUGGACUUGUUUACUUGAUGAACCAACAUUACUUAUUCGUUUCUUUUUUGAAAAAAUUUCACAUAAAGAACGUCGUAUAAAAUCAUUUCAAUGUCUUCAUCGUCUUAUGAUCUAUUUCACUGAUAUUCCACCUCAAUUUGCUCAUGCUAUUUUUAAUUAUGUUCUUGGUUUAUUAUUAAAUAUGGUACGUUCACCACUUGAUGGUUCACAAGAAUUAAUUGUUAAUGGUCUUACAUUACUCUGGCAAAUAAUACCUUAUUUACAUGGUCUUGUUUUAAAAGAUUUAAAACAAAUUUUACGUAAAGAACAAGCUGAAAUGCUUAUAUUAGUUAGUGGAAAUAUACCAUCAACAAAAAAAGUUAUUAUUCAUGGUCCUGAUGUAUCACAAAUUCCAACACAAGCAAUUAUUUCGGAAGAUACACAAUUUAGUAAUGUUUUACAAGAAGCAUUAGAAUUUUUUGGUAUAUCUAAUUUAAAACGUGAUCAAUAUUAUUUAAUUGAUAUUAAAACAAAACAAAUUCAUAUAUCUGAUACAUAUGUACGAGAUUUUUAUUUUUUUCGAAGAAAUAUUCAUCCACAAUUAUCAUUAGUUUAUAUGGAUAUAAAACAAUCAAAACGAGAACUUGAACAAAUGUCAAUUUUUUUAAAAACAACUGAAUUAUCAAAAGUUUUAUUUGCACGUUAUUUACUUGAAAAUACACCAUUUAAUCAAAUACAUAAUUGUAUUACAUUUUUUCAUGAUGAACUUAUUAAAAGUCCAUUAUUUCCACGUAAACCAUUAGAAUCAGAUUUUAAUUUAUAUACAAAAAUACACAAUAAAGAAUUAUUUCAUUUAGAUAUGUUACAUAAAUAUAAUUGGACUAAAUUAAUUGCAUGUAUAUUUUUUAAUAUGGAUGGUAAAACCAGUACAACAUCAGAUAUAACUCUAUUUCUUUCCGUAAUUAAUGGUUCAUUUAUAUUACAUUGUGAAGAUUUAGUUAUGUUACGUUUUUGUCUUGCAACUUAUAUAAAUAUUGUUAAACAUUUUCGACAUAUAUUUGCAACGAAUGGAUACCUUUUAAUAAUGCCAACAUUUCUUCAUGUUUAUUCAAAUAUUCAAUCAAAUCCAAUGUUAAAAAAAGCAAUUGAAUAUUGUUGUCGACAAUUUUAUAUUUUACAUCGUAUACCAUUUAUAUUACAAAUGCUUGGUAGUAUAUCACAAUUAUUUAAUUUCGAUCAAUCAAUUAAUAUUACAGAUACAAAUAAAAUUCAAUCAAUAUAUUUAUUUCGUUUAUUAAUUGCAUUAGAACAAACAAAUAUUGAUAUUAUGAAUGAUGAUUAUUUUAUAUUAGAAUUAGUUAAAAAUAAUUCAUUAAUAACUAAUAGAACAAUUAAUAUACCAAUAGGAAAUAUGUCUGUUGUUGCAGCACUUGGACAAGGAAUUAUGAUUCCACCAACAAUUAUUAAAUCAUUAGAUUUUUGUUAUGCAGAUGAUGAUACAAUAUUUACAUUUCUUAAUUGUCUUGAUGUUUGUGUUACUGUUGUUGCUUAUGCACCUGAUUCUAUUCGUUCAUUACAAAUGCUUAAUAUAAUUCAUAUACUUUUACCAAAAUAUUUAGAAUAUAUAAAAGAUUAUACAAAUAAAAAUGAUAUUCAAAAAAAUGGACGUGAUGAAAUAAAAAUAAUUGAAAAAUUAUCUAUUACUAUUAAAACAUUAAUUAGUACAACUGAAUGGUUAACACGAACAUUUAUUGAACCUAAAUGUGAUACAUCAUUAGAUGGUAUUUAUAAAUAUUCACGUGGUUCAUAUCGUUCAGCAUCUAUUGCAAUUGAUGAUGAUUCAGUGAAUCGUUUUAUUGAUGAUCGUACCAAAUCUAAAACACAAGAUACUGAUCAACUUAAACAAGUAUCUGAAUUUCGUUGGCCUCGUGAUAUAUUCUUAUCUAUUAUAUCAAUAUUUAUUUAUUUUUCAAGUCAACGUUUAAAUGAAUUAAUUAAAUUAUUUCAUGAUUCAACAAUUCGAAUGCCUGAAUUACUUGAUGCUAAAUCACAUAUACGUCUUGCUGAUAUAGUUCAUACAUUACUUAAAUUAGCUAGUUUUGAUCCUAUAAUAACAUGUUGUCAUGGUUUACAAAAUUAUUUUCAAAAAUUAUUACCAUAUACAAAUUGGAGUGAUGAACAAUUACGAUCAGCAUUAAAUCAUUUAUUACGACGUAUUGAUCGAAUGUUUAUAAAAAUUUGUAAAAAACAAAUGACAAAACAUUGUUUUGAUUGGGAAGCAACAGCAGGAAUUUUAAAUGGAAUUUAUUUAACUAUUGAUCGACAUCCAUAUAUUGCAUAUUUUCCAAAUUUAAAAGCAUUAAUUUCUGGUUGUAUUGCAUUGAUAUUAAAUGAAAAUCAAGUAGAUUCAAAUCAUAGUAUACCACGUUUGAAUACAUUAAUAUUUCCAAAAGAAUUUUCUUAUUCUGUUAUUAAACUUGUUGGACGAUAUUUAUUAGCUAUUAAUCAUCAACCAAAUUUAGAAGCAUUAACUACUAAUAAUAGUUGGUCAUCUGUAAAUCCUUCAUUAACACUUAAUUAUUUAUUACAUUUUCUUUUACCACUCUUAUUAUGGAUGAGUAGUGAACAGAAAAAUGUACAAAAAAUUCAUUCAAAUGAUAUUUCAUAUAUUAUUACAAUACUUCUUAAUUCAGUAAAAUCAAAUUUAAAACUUGCAACUACUAUGGGUACACAAAAUCUAUCAUUAGGACAUCUAAAUAAUACUGGAAAACAAUAUUUAACUUCUGGAGAAACUAUUCUACCUAAUAUUAAUUUUACACAUAAAUCAAUGAAACAAUUAAAAUAUCUUUCACGAACAGCAUCAUUAUUAGGUUUAAAAAUAUUUAUCAUUAGUUUUAGUAAACAAAUAAAAUAUGAAUGGCAACGAAUUAUACGAGCAAUAAAAUUAAUGUGUAAUAAACAAUCAAAUAUUUCAUCAAAUCUUUUAUUAUUUAUUGAUUUUAUUGUUUCAUAUAAAACACCAAUUUAUGUCAUUCUUCGACCAUUUCUUUUACAUUAUAUACAUUCAAUUACAUCAGAAAAUGAUUGUGAUUAUGAAAUAAUUAGAAAUAUUCAACAAAAACUUAUGUUCGACAAAAUAGUACCAUUAAAAUCUAUGAGUGAAAUUUUAAAUGAACUUAUACAAGAAUUAAAUCAAUUAAAAGCAGAAUUAACAGAUGAAUCAAGAGCAUCAGAUGUUUAUGAUACGCGUCCAACAAGUACAGAAAAAAUCCGACUCGAUAGUGAAACACAUCAACAAAUGAAAGAUAGUGAUGGUAUUACAACACGAAUGAAUACUAUGCAGGAUGGACGAUUAAAUAAUAGUCUAACAACAAAUACAUUUAAUUAUCAACAACAACAACAACAAUUAUGCGAUAAUAGUUUAAAUUUAUCAUCAAAAAAGAGACCUGAAAAGAUCCGACCAAAUGAAGCUUUGAACAUACUUGAAACAUAUUAUGCUCGAUAUAGAAUUCGAUGUGGUGGUGAUCAUGUUUCACAAAAUUGUACAGAACAUUUAACGGUCAAUUGUCUUUCAUCAAUGACAAACGAAACAACAACAUUUAUGUCAGCUGAUACUUCACGUCUUCGAUCACCAUCAAAUUCACAUUCUCCAAUGUCAUUAUUACGUGCAGUAACGGUUACUGGUAAUCGAAGUCCUACAACAAUUGAUCAUUCAUUUCAAUAUUAUAAUCCAAUGAAAGAAAGUUUUUCUGAUAAAUUUUCAAUCGAUAAAGAAAUUACACCUCAAUUACGAACAUUUCGUGGAUGGAAACGAAACUUAGCACAUUUAGAUAAAUCUCGAUCAACGAAAAGUUCGGGUCAAUUAUCUACAUCAAAAGUAUCAACUAUGAAAUAUGAUUCUACCAAAGAAAUGAAUCCUAUAUUUCGACCAAUUAGACAAGUCAAUGAACAACACUUUAUUCCAGUUAUAAAUGAACGAAGUUCUAAUUCUUUACAUGUGCAUGCUUCACAUAAUCAAACAAUUCUUAAUUCAUUUUUCGAUGAUAAUAUAAAUCCAGGCGAUGAUCAAGCAUCAAAUUCGUGUAUUCCUUUAACAGAGACCGUCCUAAGACAAAGUGAAUCAGAUAAAAAUGCAUUGGUAUCACGUUUGUCGAAUACAUCACCUAUGAAUGUUGAUGAUGAAGAUGAAUCGCAACUUUAA